UACUGUCUGUUGAAGGAGUGGCCUCUGAUGGAGCCUGAAUCGGCUCUGGAGUUGUUGGACUGUAACUUUCCUGAUCCGAUGGUUCGAGAGUUCGCUCUGCGCUGCCUGGUUCAGGGUCUGACCGACGACAAGCUGUCGCAGUACCUGCUGCAGCUCGUACAGGUGUUAAAGUACGAGAUGUACCUGGACAAUCCUCUGGCUCGCUUCCUCAUCAAGAAAGCUCUGACCAAUCAGAGGAUAGGACACUUCUUCUUCUGGCAUCUCAAGUGAGGACCCUGACCUGUCGAGUACAGGAGCAGUUCACCUGUACACUUUACCUUCAGCCCCUCCCCCUCUGAGCUCCUUACCUGAAAUCAGACUCAGG